AUGAAUCUGGUGGGCACCAGCCCGCUGCAUCUCGCUGCCAAGAACGGACACAUCGACAUCAUUAGAUUGCUGAUCCAGGCUGGUAUCGACAUCAACAGGCAGACCAAAGCGGGCACUGCCCUCCAUGAGGCUGCGCUGUGUGGGAAGACUGAUGUGGUGCGCCUCCUGCUGGAUAGUGGCAUCAAUGCAACAGUGAGAAACACAUACAGCCAGACAGCGCUGGACAUCGUCUACCAGUUCACUGCUACACAGGCCAGCCGAGAGAUCAAGCAGAUGCUGCGAGGUAAGAAAAGGGAUGCCUCAGCAGCCUUGCAGGUCAGGGCACUGAAGGACUACUGUAACAAUUACGACCUGACUAGCCUUAACAUAAAGGCUGGAGAUGUCAUCACGGUUCUGGAGCAACAUUCAGACGGAAGGUGGAAGGGCUGCAUCCAUGAUAACCGCACAGGAAAUGACAGAGUGGGCUACUUCCCCUCCAGCUUGGUGGAAAUGAUCAGUAAGAGGCCUGGGGCUGAGGGUUCAUGGAGUACAGUCACUUGUACCCAACAGUAUCAAAAGAUACAGCUCUGUGCGCCGGUGUGCGGCCCUGUGUCGCCCGCCAUUGCCAUGGUGAAUGGGGACUCGUAUCAUGAGAUUCAUAUCCUGCCGCCUCCUCCACCUCCGCCACCACAUUCCCAUCUGCCACUUUUCACUUCCUUUGGCUAUAACAGGUCCCCAAAAACCUCAGGAGAGCCGCACAGUGGACAAGAGACCAAGAAUGACCAAGAUUUGGCUAGUUCUCGCGGCUCAGAGUCCAGUCCACAUGGCUCACCCACCCCAGCUGGUGGUCCCCAGGGCGGCAGCAGCGAGGAGAUCUGGGUGCUGCGCAAGCCUGUGGCAGGUGGAGACCGCAGCAGUGUGGGCAGUUCAGGCAGCGUGGCCAGUGCCAGAUCCUCUGGUAGUGGACAGAGUGCAGGCAGCAGCACUAUCCUUCAUGCACAGGCAGAGGGAGUCAAGCUUCUGGCCACGGUUUUGUCCCAGUCUGCCAAAGCUAAAGAACACCUGCUGGAGCAGACCAAGUCUUUGGACCACCCCUCUCACGCUUCCAGCAACAAGGGACCCUCCUCACGCAGUCAGAGUAUAUCAAGCUGUCCACUUCAUGAGCAGCCGUAUGGGGAGGCGGUGUCCCAGAGGAAAGGGGAGGCGCUGCCUGAGGGGAAGAGCUCAGAGGCUGUUAUCGAAUGGCUGAGUGAAUUUCAGCUGCAGGUCUACGCUCCAAACUUCAUCAGCGCCGGCUAUGAUAUUCCUACCAUUAGCCGAAUGACCCCAGAGGAUUUAACAGCUAUUGGAGUAACCAAACCAGGACAUCGAAAGAAGAUAACUUCAGAGAUCAAUAAGAUCACUGUUAAUGAGUGGCUGCCUGACAAAAAACCGGCGAAUCUUGGAGAGUGGUUAGCUAUGAUUGGGUUGAGUCAAUAUCACCAAGUCUUAGUCCAAAAUGGAUACGAGAACAUUGACUUUAUCACUGACAUCACGUGGGAGGACCUUCAGGAGAUUGGCAUUACAAAACUUGGACACCAGAAGAAGAUUAUGCUUGCAGUGAAGAAGCUGGCAGAGAUCCAGAAGGCCUCUGACGGUCGCAACACAUUGCGUAAAAAGCCCCCAGCCGCUCAGGAGGUGAUGACUAUUGAGAGCCCACCCCACGACAGCGGAGAGUGUAUGUCCCCUAAAAUGAGCACUUUCCAGGACAGUGAACUGAGUGGGGAGUUACAGGCUGCUCUUACACGCCCUGCUGAUGUGCAGGAUGGCACAGAAGUGAGAACCAACAGCAGCCUGGGAGCACAACACCGAGCCCGCAGUCUGCAUGAGAACAGCAUGAACAAGAGCCGAGACACAGAGGAGCCUAGUGGGCCACCCAAAAAGGAGGCACGUACCAUGCGCCAGAGCAGCCAGUGUGGCCAGAGAAGUGUCUCAUCGGCGCAGGCAAAACCGCGUCAGUCUUAUCCCCAAGGUACAGGACCGCCCUAUACUCCACCACAAACGCCCACCAAAACAAAACCUCCCACCUCACAGACGGUGAGCAACCCACCGGGUAAACAAAAACCUAGUUCUCAGCUGCUUCAACAGACCGAAAAACCCAUGACACCUCGUGCUCACCCCCAAUCCCCCACUCAAAGGUCCCAUCCACACCCAGCUGCCCAGCCUGUGGGAACUAUGGAAGCUGCACCCCAAGGACCUGCUGUCUCAGUACCACUCCUGUGCCUGCCUCCAGAAGGCAACGAAGCUUGCGAUGAGUAUGGUCUGCCUAAGAAACGUGCCCACAGCCUGAAUCGCUAUGCUGUGUCUGAUGGUGAGCAGGAGCGGGAUGAGCUAAAUGUGCCAGAUUUAGGAGGAAAGUAUGCCACAGUACAGCACCGGGUGGGUCGCAGCAACUCAAUGAAAGGGCAGGCAGACAAAAAUGUCAACCGAAGCCAGUCCUUUGCACUCAGACAGAAGAAGAAGGGUCCUCCUCCACCUCCCCCCAAACGCUCUAGUUCAGCCAUCUCAAGCUCCAGUAGUAAUCUGACAGAAGUGCCCAAGGAGACAAGCAGUGGACCUCUUCUGGAGGUUCACUACCAACCACAAAGACGUGCAAGUGACCUGGGUGGCACUGUAGACACGGGCAGUGCUGGUAGUGUGAAGAGCAUUGCGGCCAUGUUGGAAAUGUCCUCCAUUGGUGGGGGUGCCAAGGGUUUCCAUUUGCAGAAAUCUGCAGGUCACUAUCUGCAGGUGGGUUCUGCAGGAGCAAAGCAGCGUGAUGCCAUUGGACUGGAUGGAGAAGUAGUGAACCGUCGCAGGACUAUUAGUGGGCCUGUCACUGAGUUAGUGGCAGCUGCCAAGCGAGGACCACAGCCGGAGCCAGUCCAGGAUAGACAACGCAAUGAAACCCAGCCAAGCUGUAGUGGGAGCUCAGCAGAGAACCUUCCAUUUGCUGAGGAUGGAAACAUCACCAUCAAACAAAGACCUAGACAGGGCAAAGAUGAGACUGAGGAGGGACUAGAAAUGUCAUACUCUUUACCCCAGGAGAACCCUUCACGUGUGGAUGCCACAGCCUCGCUGAAAAGGAUGGUCCAGAGCACCAAGCAGCAACCAAAUGGCACCAAGUUCCAUCUCACAGAGUCAAAUACGGUUAAGCGCCGCCCCAAGAGCAAAGACAAAGAUACAGAAGAACUUCAGGAUGGGCAGAUGCCCGUACCAUAUGAGAAUGGGACUGGCACCAUUAAAAGGCGCCCUGUGUCAGAGGUGACUGUUUCAGAACAGCCCAGGCCACAGGAACAUCCUGAGAACUCACCCCGUCGGGACAGUGCAGACCUGGAAGGCCAUGUUACUGAGAGUGCCCCUCGUAAGUCCGUCAAACCUCCGGUGUCCCCCAAACCUGUUCUGGCCCAGCACAUGAAGAAACAAGGACCACCACCUGCCAUCACCAAGAAAGCCCCAUUUCCUGGACCAACUGGGGCACCUGGCAGCCCAGUUGAAGGAAAGAAAGUACCUCCUCCAAUUUCACCAAAACCUACACCUCCUCCCACAGCUCCCAAACCAUCCAAAAAUGUUCUGCAGUCUUUAAAUGUGACACCUAAUCCCACUCCCAAGCAGACUGUCACCAGAAUGGCCAGCACAGCUUCUGCCCAGAACAACCACCCUGUCAAGGCUACAACCCCACCAGCCUUGAGUGUGCAGACCCCACACACACCCCAGUCUCCUCACACCCCACAGACACCUCAGACACCCCAAACCCCACAGACACCCCAAACUCCCCAGACAUCAGGUCCCCCAACCCCCAUCCCUACACCCCCACCUGUGAAGCCCCCUCGCUCUUCAAUCAGUGGGGUGUCCAUGGACAGUUCAACUGGAUCAGCGUUUGUCGCAGGGGUAGUGACAGUAGAUGCAGUGCACCAGAAGAUAGAGGAGACCAGUGCCUCACUGGCUGCAGCCCUGCAGGCUGUAGAAGAGAAGAUCAAGGAGGAUGGGCAAAAAGACUCAUUGGCUGAAAACAAGAGCACAGUGAGCAUCCUAGACGACAUCGGCAGCAUGUUCGAUGACCUGGCCGACCAGCUGGAUGCCAUGCUGGAGUGAAGAGCACAGCCUGUGUCUCUGUGACACAACCUCAGGGCCCCGGGAGAGCACAAGGGCACAAUGACCAACAACAUACCCACCUAUCCCUUCCUAAUCCUCAACCCUGGCUCCUCUCACCCCUCUUUUCUCCUCCCCUUUCCCCAUCGCCAUGAAACACCUAUCUCUCCUCUCUCCCUCCGAGUUGGUUUGCACAAACCCGAGCUGAUGUACCUCAGGACUGGGCAGAAGGCCAUCCAGGGCUUUAAACAUCAAAGACAGAGCAGAGGGUGGAGAGCAGAGGUUGGGUUUUAAUACAUAAAGCUCAACUCUCUGUCCAUGGAAUAUCUCUAUCUACUAUGAGCAAUGAGUAGUAAAAUAAUAUGAAAACAAUAAUAACUGUAUAUGAAAUAAUAGUAUGGUAUGUGUAUAUUGUAAGCAUGAGGAAAGUUUGUAUCUAUAAAGAAAAAAAUCUCAUAGUGAGAGUCAUGCAUUAGUACAGUUAUAUAUAUAUA